AUGGCAGUUGGCAAGAACAAGCGCCUCACCAAAGGGGGGAAGAAAGGUGGUAAGAAGAAAGCAGGUGAUCCCUUCUUGAGGAAGGAAUGGUAUGACAUCAAGGCCCCGAGCAUGUUCACCGUGCGGAACUGUGGCAAGACGUUGGUGUCCAGGACACAGGGUACGAAGAUCGCCACAGAAGAGCUGAAGGGCCGUGUGCUGGAGGUGAACUUGGCGGAUUUGAACAACGACGAGGACCAGGCUUCCAAGAAGGUCCGUCUCUGCAUCGAAGAGGUCCAAGGCCGAAGCUGCCUCACGGACUUCCAUGGCAUGACACUCACGCGCGACAAGAUCUGCAGCUUGAUCAAGAAGUGGCAGACGCUCAUCGAGGCACAGGUAGAUGUCAAGACGACGGACAACUACGUCGUCCGCAUGUUCUGCAUCGCCUUCACGAAGCGCCGACCAGAACAGGUCAAGUCCAACUGCUACGCGCAGUCUGCACAGAUUCGCAAGAUUCGUCGCAAGAUGGUCGAGAUCAUGACGCAAGAGGCGAGCAAAGUCCAGCUGCGAGAGCUGGUCAAGAAGCUCAUUCCCGAGUCCAUUGGCAAAGAGAUUGAGAAGCAGACGCAGGGAAUCUUCCCCUUGAAGGAUUGCUUGAUCCGAAAAGUGAAGAUCAUGAAGAAGCCAAAGUUCGACAUCACCAAGCUAAUGGAGCUUCACGGAGAUGGUGGCGAUGACGUCGGUGUUGAGAUGAUGCGCCCCGAAGCGGAGGAUGCCAUAAACACCUUGUCAGCCGAUGUUGCCGCUGCCGAUGAGGACUGA